AUGGACCACCCGAGUCCGUCCGCCGACCGCAGCAGCGGUGCGGCAACGACCAGACGAGAGGGAGGAGGACCAGCUGGCGUAGAGGUUAUAUCCGACGAAAGCUCGGCUAGUUCAAUGUCGGAUGAGGAGGAUCCGGGUGACAGAAACCAUCACGACACCACCGGCGGAGGCGGCGGAUAUAGACCCCAGACGCCCACGCCACCGCCUCAGCGACGGUUGCAGCAACACGUACCGCCGCCGCCCAGGGGUAGCAGGGAGAGAGAUAUCCGUACGGAACGGCAUCGCGACUUGCGCGAUCGGGAUAGAGAUCGCGACAGGGACCGAUCUCGUGGCCCGGAACCGAAGAGAGGAGGAGGACCGCCGCCACCACUGGACAGGGACAGGGACCGGGAGAGAGACCGGGACAGAGAUCGGGACAGAGACAGAGACAGGGAUAGGGACAGGGACAGGGACAGGGACAGAGACAGCGACGGAAGCUUGCUUGACAGCCCUCCCUUGAGGGACAGCCCUCGCUUAAGGGAAAGGAAGCGGCAGAGCUUCGCGCCUGACGAAAAGUAUCACGGCGGAGGAGGACACAGCAACGUCAACGGCCACGGCAGAAGGCAGCAGAGCGUGCCCCCCAACAGCGCCAACAACGGCGCCAAACGGCAGAGCAUCACGGAGCGGCUCAUGAGCACCUGGACGGCGGCGCGGACGGGGUCGCGCGGAGGGGAGCCGCCGGUGGGAGGCACCGCGUCGACGACGCUCCCCUCCCGCCGCGCGUCCUCCGCCUCGACGGCGAGCAAGACGUCUAACCCCGUCGGCAAGGUGCGCGAGUGGCUCGAUACGUGCAACGCUGAGCACGGCGACCACUGCUCCGGACCACCGGGGGACACGUGGCGGCCGAUAUGGCUCAUCGAUUCCGUGAACCGGUGCCUCGUCCGCGCGAGGGCGACGGAUCGGUAUAUCGCGCUGAGCUACGUUUACGAAGCGCCGCUGCCUUCUUCACGGGGUCCCGUGGAGACGUUGAGGGAGAACCUGGAGGUGCUGACGGCGAGCCUGGACGAUGCGGAUAUCCCACAGACGAUAUUGGACGCCAUGUGGCUGGCGAGGAAGUUGGGGAUAAAGUACCUCUGGGUCGACCGGUUCUGCAUCGUGCAGGACGACGACGUGGAGAGGGAAGAGUACGUCAAGAACAUGGCGUAUGUGUACGCGAACGCGUACAUGACCAUUGUGGCGGCCGCGGGGGACGCCGAGUCCGGGUUGAAGGGCCUGCUGAGGAGGACGCCGCCGCCGCGCGGGGCCGCGGGACGGAAGCACGAAGACCUGGUGCUCUCGUCGCGGUGGGCGGGGCGGGCGUGGACGGUGCAGGAGGGCAUGUACUCGCGGAGGAAGGUCUACGUCUUUGAGGACACGGUAACGUGGGAGUGCCACUGCGACGCGUGGCAAGGGUCGCCGGGCGCGGGCGGUGGUGUCGGCCGGUUCAGCAAGAUCCUCAAGGGCGGGAUGGGCAAGCACGGUUCCUGCCUGCAGAGGACGUUUCCCGCGGCGACGGGGUUCCUGCACCCCGUGUGGCCGGACAUGGACGAGUUUGCGCGGAUCGCAAUGGAGUUUAGCGCGCGGCGGGUGACGCUCAUGUCGGACACGACGAGGGCGCUACGGGGCAUCACGACGGUGCUGUCGCGGUCUUUUGCGGGCGGCUUCGUGUUUGGCAUGCCCGUGAGUUUUCUCGACGUGGCGAUGCUGUGGCAGCCGCGGGCGAUGGUGCGGAGGCGGCUGAUGGUGCAGCCCGUGACGGGGAUGAAUCCGCUGCCGUCGUGGAGCUGGCUCGGUUGGCACUACGACGGCGUGCCGGCGGACCUGACGCUCUGGCGGGCGGCGGCGGAUUAUGUGCAGGACGCGCCGCACCACGGCAAAAGGGGGGCGGAGAGGCGGUUCAAGAGCCCCUAUGCGUUUCGGCUACGGUCGCUGGUGAGUUACGAGCUCACGGACCGGGCGACGUAUACGCCGUUGCCGAAUGACGGGAUGGCGUACCGUGAUCGUAGGCAUCGGAGGACGGUGCCGUUGCCUGCUGGGUGGUCGAGGAGCGGUGGAGGAUUCCGGUAUGCCGGGGACCCGGAGGUUGUGUUUCGGUACCCGGUGCCUGUGGCGGAGAUGGCCGGCGGAGUGGACGCGGUCCCGUCGCCGUUUGGGGAUUUCUCGCUGAGUGCGACGCUGCUGUCAUUCAGCACGACGAUCGCGUACCUGGACGUCGACUUCGCCAUGGCGCGGAACGGGGCCCCCCUCGAUGCCAAGGCGGCCAACGCCGUGAACUCGGGGAACACCGCGGGGCCCGGGCCGGGUCUGGCGGCUCCCGGGAGGGGCAUCGGCGUGGCCCUGGCGGUGGGGAACAUCUGGUCGAGGACGGGCAAGUGGUGCGGUGUGGUGACGGCGCACGAUGCCUGGCUGGGACUGCAGGGGGCGAACCAUACGGGGGAGGAGAAGCUCGAGUUCGUGGCCGUGUCGAUGGCGAGUGAGAGGGGGGGCAGCCACGUCUUUGAUGUGGAAGCAUUCCGGGAUAAUAUGGACGAGGACGAGAUUGUCGACUUUGUUAAUGUGCUUUGGGUAGAGAGGGUGGGCGGGGUGUGUUACCGGAGGGGGCUCGGGCAUGUAGUGCAGAGGGUGUGGGAUGCGGUUGCGAGGGACCGGGUCGAGAUUCUCCUUGGAUAG